AUGCUGAACGAUCCGUUUAUAACAACAAUCGCCCAUGCAGUUCCAAAGAUACAAUGUUAUGAUCAAGGUGGCAAAUUGAAGAAGAAUAUCAUCUCGGAACAAAAUGAUACUAUUUUUUCAAAUUCCAAAGACGUUUGUUUUCAAAAAACACACCUUGAACGAAACAAAAAGAGAAAUAAAUCAACACAACAAACCAAGAAAAAUUCUGGAUCAUCAAGGAAUGAUAAUGUUUCGUAUGUGAUGAAUGUGUAUGGAAAUGGAGAUGCCAUGAUUAUUAAUUCCUCCACGAAUCAUUCCGAUGAGGUAAAUCCAAAUACAAACGGACCCAUGAUCAUUGACCAGUCAAAGAACGCCAAUAAUAAUGAGAAUAUUUAUUAUGAAUUGGGUGGAUUUCAAUUCAAGUUGGAGUUGGAACAAGGCCAUGAUAAUAACAAACAAAAAAGCAAAGCUGUUGCGAUGAGUGGUAAUGGUAGCAGCAAAAACCCUUAUGUAUCAAUUAGACACAUAGCAGUUGGUGAAAACCAUUGUGUGGUCAUGAUUGAUUCCAAUCAGAGUUCAGCCAUUCAUACCCAACUCAAUAAUUUUCCAUUCCAAUUGUAUGGCUUUGGCAAUAAUCGUUGCGGUCAAUUGAGCUUUGACAUUAACAAAAGUGGUAGUGGUUUCAUUUAUCCGGGGAGAGAAAUGGAAUCGGCAUAUGCCAAUAUGAAGGACCAUUUCGCGAAAACGGAAUCCCAGACGACAAAUUACACAACAAUUACACUUAGAGAUAUUGCUUGUCUUGAAGACUAUACAUUAUUUUUAACGAAUUGUGGAACAUUAUUUUCAUGUGGUAGUGAUCAAAUGGAAAAUAGAGUAAGCCGAAAUUAUCACAAGUUAAUGCCUUUGGCAGGUACAAGCAAAUUGAAAGUGGAAAAAAUUUCAUGUGGAUCGAAGCAUAUACUCAUGAUUGCCUCUCCUAUUAUUGAGCCAACACCAACGAAGAACCAUUCUGACACAACAGCAUCCUCUGAUAUUGUUUAUGGAAAAAGAAAGGUCUAUGGAUUUGGUUCCUCUACCAAUUAUGCGCUCGCUCAACAAGGUUUUAACAAAACCGUGACUGAAAUUCCAGUAUUGAGCUCCUCGAGUGCUGAUGAAGUGGUUGAUGUGAAGGCAGGUGGUACAUUUUCACUCUUUUUUACAAAAAAAGGAUUUAUUUAUUCUUGUGGAGAUAACUCGUAUCAACAGCAAGGAAAAGAGCCACGCUAUGUUACCAUCAUGGAUGUCAUGAAAUUGACCAUCAAAGAAUUUGAUUAUAAUCAGUUUGCCAUUAGAAAUAUUUGUUGUGGCGAUCGUUUUAGUGUAAUUGUAACACAUCAUGGAAAAGUUUUCACAACCAUCAAAACACCAAAACCAACCAUCAAUGUGAAUCAAACAAAGGGAUUUUAUGAAAUGGAAUACUUUACAAAAAACAAUAUUCAUGUGGAGAAUGCAUUCGCUAGCAAGAAUGCAAUUAUUUUUCAAACUAAGCACGGAGCCUUGUUUUAUUCGACGGUUACUGAUUUUAAUGGUGGAUUGUAUGCCUCCUCUAUUCGAAAGCCACAACUAGGAAAGCCAAAACCCAUUAAUUUACCAAAAUUUAACGCAUCGAUGAAGAAGGUCUUUUCAUCAACACACACAGAUAAUUAUUUAGUGUUGACUUUAAUGUCCAUCGAAUUGGAUAUGUUCUUUGAAUUAUUGGUGCAUUCGUUUGUCAAUGCAAAUUUUUCAGACCUCACCUGUGUCUCCUAUCAUUGA